GUCAUCAAUCUUUCAAAAGUUGAUUUUUUCUUCAAAAAUAUUUUCACAACGAAUGGGUAUCGAUCGAUCUUUAAUAACAUGUGGCCCACACUGUUACAGAAAGCAGUCGCUGACUAGGUCUAACAAGGAGAACUAUCUGGAAUCUGUGAACUAUCUGCUAAUUUUUAUUUAAAAAAUAUAAAAAGAUAAAACCAAGUUUUUUUUUCUUUUAUAAAGGAUAAAAAUCUACGCAUUGAAAAAAUGUUUACAAUUAAUGAGAGAAUACGUUUCACCAUUUUCUUGGUUCCGGUUUUUACACCAGUUAUUACAGGCUCAUUCGUUUGGAGCAGUGGCAAAAGUCUACCGAUUACCAAGUUCAGGUCGGAUUCCAACAUGGACAAUCAUUUUUGCGCAGCCGACAUCUCAUAUUCCGGAAAUGACGUACCAAGUCUGGGCACGUGCAUACAGUUAUGUAACCAUUAUGGAAGCAGUCUAAUUUACAGCGAAUUGGAGGGUCAUUGUCAGUGUCACGGAACCUCUAACCGCUCCUUACUGUCGUGUGCCUUUGAAAACAACUCUGGAUACCGGUUCUAUAUGAAAGCUAACGUUACUUACAUAACGCUCGAAACUCCAGUACCAGGCAUUCUUACAAUGGUUGGACCAGGACUCUCAUUCACCCUCCCCUCUAUUGCAUUAGCGACAAUACCAACCACACCUUACCAAGCUGCGUCAUCUAGUUCAGCUCCCCCAGUCAUCGCCACAGUUACUACGACACCUAAUCCAGACGAAUGGCGUUUUCGACUUGUUAAUGGUACAUCAACUUCCGGUCGGCUUGAGGUCUAUCGCAACGGCACCUGGGGUGUUGUUUACGGAUUUUCCGUGUCAGUAGCUGACGCAACAAUCAUAUGCCGGGACAUUUUGAAUAUAUCGAGGUUUGGUUUUCCUAUAUACGGCGAUUAUUUUGGUGUGCCAUCUUUCAAAAAUGGACUCAGCAAGGACUCUGUCACAGAAUAUGAUAUUCUUUGCCACUCAAAUGCUACAUGUAACGAUUACAUGUGGAAAAAUGAGGGGGACUCUGAUUUCACAGAAUUUGCUGAAUUUGGAACCGUUGGAUUGGAUUGCACGGACGACGAGCUCAAGGUUCAACUUGCUAAUGGCACGGACGCUAGUUCCGGAAGAUUGGAAGUGAUGCUCCUCGGCACAUGGGGCACAGUAUGCGGAGACGAUGACUGGCAGGACGGACCUUUGUUCUGUGGUUACUUGGGAUUAGA